AUGUCUGGAUACGCUCUAUCGGAAGAAUCAAAAGAGAGAAUUGUCAAGGUCUUGGACACCUCCAAGGUGAUCGCUCACUACGGCUGGAUCCCAUUCAUCCUGUAUUUGGGAUGGUCGUCCACCGCAGAGAGACCAAGCGUCUUCAACCUGCUGUCGCCAUUGCCAAGUUUGAUGUAA